CCACUCAAAAAAGGACGAAAUCUCAAAUCCCCGUACCGAACGAUGUUGCUUGGAUGACCAUGUCCUUGCUCACAAAGAGCAGAAAGAGAGAGAAGGGAGAGCAGGCUACGGAGAGAGCAAGUCGUACGAAAAUUGCCAUUUUCAUUUUUGCACUCCAACCACGGGCCACAGUUCACCCGUUGUCGUCCUAGGGUAGGUGUGGAGGGCUUGGUCCUUGCUGGCGGAUUGCGUGGUGAUACGCACGAACUGGCGUCGAAUAAAAUGGGUUACAGCCAUGCUGGUGCACUGUUCGGCUGGCCAUCGUUUACGCGGAACUGACCCGCACGAUACCCGGUUGUACUGCUAGAACGGGGCAAAAAGGCACCCCACAUAAACACAAACGCGCGCGCGGGGGAAUCGGUUCGUUCCUGCCUGCCAAAGGGAGCAUUACGCAGCAACAACGCAAAGGUGAUAGUGGUGUGGUGUACCAGGCUACACGCAAUUAUCGUACGAGCAACGUAGGGAAGCAGCGCACAGGCCAUCCUCUACGAGCACACCUCUCCCGCACCACAACACUAGAAUAGCCGUCUCCAGUCACUCAGCCCAGGUUGCGCCCAGGUAGCCGAAGGAUGGUCACGAAGAAAAGCGUCGACAUAGAGAAGGAAAAACUUGCGAAAAACAUGUACUCCGGCUGCUCCGGUGGCAGUGGCAGCACCACCUCCGGCCAUCUUCCAGCGGCCAAAUCGUCCAGUGCGGCAGGAAGCACCACGGCCGGCCCGUGCAACACGGUAGUAAGCUUCAGCCCUGGCACGAUGGCCAACAGCAGCAGCCAUAUGGUGCAGCAGAUCCUUCCCCCCGGCCAGGAUGCGCCCAACAUACUCGUGUACAAAAAGAUGGAAGCCAUCGUGGAGCGGAUGCAAACCGAGGGCAGCGGCGUGUCGGUGCGCACGGUCAAGGCGUUCAUGAGCAAGGUGCCGUCCGUGUUUACCGGGGCCGAUCUGAUCCAGUGGAUCAUGGCGAACCUGACGGUGGACGACAUUAGCGAGGCGCUGCACCUGGCGCACCUGCUCGCGUCCCACGGCUAUCUCUUCCCGAUCGACGACCAUCAGCUGACGGUGCGCAACGACGGCACGUUCUACCGCUUCCAGACGCCCUACUUCUGGCCGUCCAACUUCUGGGAGCCGGAAAACACCGACUACGCCAUCUAUCUCUGCAAGCGCACGAUGCAGAACAAGACGCGGCUCGAGCUCGCCGACUACGAGGCGGAAAAUCUGGCCAAGCUGCAGAAGAUGUUCUCCCGCAAGUGGGAGUUCAUCUUCAUGCAGGCCGAGGCGCAGAGCAAGGUGGACAAGAAGCGCGACAAGCUCGAGCGCAAGGUGCUGGACUCGCAGGAGCGCGCGUUCUGGGACGUGCACCGGCCGAUGCCCGGCUGCGUCAACACGACCGAGAUGGACAUUAAGAAGGCGUACCGGAAAGGCGCCUCGUCGCUCGGGUCGGGGUCGGCCGGUACCGCCGCCCACAGCAAUCCGGCGGAAACGAUGGCCAAAACGAUCGCCCUGCUCAAGCAGAAGCUCGACCGUCGCACAAUCAAAGUCUCCAAGGUGGCCGAAUCGUAUAUCUCGUACUAUGAGCAGUAUAGCGAGUUUGACUACUUUCUAUCCGCGCCCGACCAUCCCAAUCCAUGGCAGACGGAUAAUACCGAAUUUUGGGACGCGGAGAAACUGGGCAAGGACAUUCCGAUGAAGCGCGUCAAACGGUGGGGCUUUAGCUUGCGGGAACUACUGAACGAUCCGAUCGGACGCGAGCAGUUUACCAAGUUUUUGGACAAAGAAUUUAGUGGUGAAAAUUUGAAAUUCUGGGAAGCGAUACAGGACAUGAAGGCGCUGCCCCAGUCCCAGAUCAAGGAGGCCGCCCAGGCAAUCUGGAACGAGUACCUCGCGCCGGACGCUGCCUGCCCGGUCAACAUCGACUCGAAAUCGCUCGAGCUGGCCCGCGACGUCGUGAAGGAGGGGGCGGCCCAGCCGAGCCGCUGGUGCUUCGAUGUAGCGGCCGACCACGUGUUUUAUCUGAUGAAGAGUGACUCCUACUCGCGCUUCCUGCGUUCCGAUAUGUACAAAGACUGUCUGAACGGCUCAAAGAAGAAGACAUCCGUCAAGGGACUUCGAAUAUUUUCCGGACGAAAAGAUACGCCUGUGAUAAAUUAACUUUUGCCUGCUUUUAACGGUUCCGAUUUUGUUUUUUGUUUUGUGUU